AUGAAAGACAGCCACUUAUGCAAAUUUGACGUUAACUACUUUUUAAAGAGUUGUAUAGAAUUAGAAAAAUCAUAUGAACAUAUUUUAGAUGAAAAAAAAAAAAAUGAAUUAAGUUUCUCUGAUGCGUUGAAAAACAUUAAUUGCAUUAAGGAAAAAUAUGAAAGGGAAAGGAAAAAUAAUUUAGAGCUAUCACAGUAUAUUUCUAAAUACACUGAUGAAUUAGUAAAUAAACAAAAUUGUACAGAAAAUUAUGAAAUUGUAAAAAAACAAAACGCAAAUUAUAAGAAAAAAAUAGAAAACCUUAAAAAGGAAAAAGACCAAGAAAAGGGGAGCUUAGAAGAAAAAAUAAGAAAUAUGGAAAAUAAAUACAGUAAAGAACUCGAGCUAUACGAAACCCAAACGAGAGAACAUGUAAAAAAGUUAAAAGAAUUGGAAAAUAAGCAUACUGAAUUGAGAUCUCAAAUAUCUUCUAAGGAUUUACAGUUAAAUAAAUUAUUUUCAAAAUUAAAAGAAUUUGAACAAGAACAAGAAAAAGUAAAAUUAAAACAUGAACUUGAAAUUAGUAAUCUGAUUAAAUCAAAUGAAGAAAACAUUAAAAAAAAAAAGGACAAUAUAAAGGAAAUAAUAAACAAUAGCGAGAAUUUAACAUUAACACAUUUAAAAAAUAAACACAAGUUACUUCAAAAAAAUUUUACAGCAUUGGAAAAGGAACAUUUAAAUUUGAAAAAAAGUAUAAAUAAAACAACGAAAAUGCAAAGAACUUUAGCUGGAAAUUCAAUAAAUCAAAACAAUCAAAGUUCAUAUAAAAUAUAA